AUGGCCAGUUCACGAGAUAACAGAGUAUGCGAAGGUAUGUCUUCCAAGAGUCGAGACGACGCAUAUAAAAGCUUAGGUGACGACGUAAAAAGUUUUAUUAAGUCUUUCUAUAAGCACGUCAAGAGUAACGAUUCCAAGGAAAUUGAAAAUGACUAUGCAGUCAAAUUUCCAAAACUUACGGAUCAGUAUUUCAAGAGCACCCGUUGGCCCGCAUGGCUUUGGGACAUCAUUGAUGAAUUUAUCUACCAAUUUCAAAAAUUCGCAACUUAUCGAAGUAAGCUCAAGCGAAAACCUGAGGAUGAUGCCUUUAUGAGGUUGAAUCCCAAAACAUGGAGUAUCCAUGGUGUUCUCAGUAUUCUCUUCCAGCUCGUAAAGAAGUCGAAUAUUAAUCUGCAGUUGAAUUACUAUGCCAUGAGACGUGAUCCAAAAGAAGUUGCUGGUCCUUUUGGCUCCUGUGAUCUCUACAAGAUGUUGGGAUUUUUCAGUCUUGUUGGUCUGUGCCGCGUUCAUUGUCUCCUUGGAGAUUACUUCACCGCCUUGAAAAUGUUAGAACCCGUUCAGCUUCGGCAACAGGAAAUGUAUCAUGAAGUCCCAACGUGUCACAUCACAACCGGUUACUACGUUGGCUUUGCUUAUCUCAUGUUGCGUCGUUAUCAAGAUGCUAUUCGAACCUUCACUCAUACUCUAAUCUAUUUAAAUCGGGUAUCUCCAUGCUUGCCUCAGCGUAGUGAUUUAAGAGAUUAUGUCACUAAACAAGCUGAUCAAAUGACUAGUCUUCUGGCCAUCUGUAUAACUAUUAAUCCUGUUCCUAUUGAUCAGUCCUUAGAGCAACAGCUCAAGGAGAAGUUCUCAGAAAGUCUCAUUCGCAUGGAGGGGACUAAUAGGGAUGAGUUUACUCUUUGCUUCGACCUUGGAUGUCCGCGAUUCAUUAAUCCCGAUGCCAUGGCAAUUGAACGUACUGAUUAUGCUCUUGACGCUCAACGUCACCAGGGCGCUAUCUUCCGAUAUGAGCUUGACAAUCACAGAAUUGAUCUUCUCCGUUUGCGAUCUUUCCUCAAGCUCUAUACUUCUCUUCCUGUUGACAAACUGAGCCACCUUUUGAAUGAAAAUCAUGAAGCUGUGCAUUCUCUUUUGAUGUGUUUCAAACAUCAGUUGAAGAAUCUGACUUGUACAGAAGGUACUUGUGGAAGUCUUGAAGGCACACUUCAACUCCGUUGUGACACGGACUUCUAUGUUGAUGGUGACAUGAUUCACGUUGCAGAUAUGAAAGCUGAUAGACGCUAUUCGGAGUACUUUAUGCUCCAUUUAGAGAAGUUGCGUGAGGUGAAUGAUCAAUUAGACGAAGUCGAGAAGAAAUUACGCAAAGCGAAAAAAGGAAUGGAAAUUCUACAAAACGCAGCGCCUCAGCUACACCCGAUCGAUAAUAAUCGAGUUGGGGUUCAGUUCAAACCAGCGACUUCUAAUGACAGAGAACCUAUUUCUGUUGAAGAGAUAUUUGAACACAUUCGUGAUAUCCGAGAUCCUGAACAUCCGCACAGUUUGGAGGCACUGGGUGUAGUUAGAAAGGAGGAUAUUUCUGUAGAUGAUGCUGCCUCCAUGGUUACAGUCCAAUUUACUCCUACAAUACCCCAUUGCAGUAUGGCCACUCUGAUCGGUCUCUCUAUCAAGGUCAAACUUCUGAGGUCUCUACCGCGUCGUUUCAAGAUCUGCGUAACGAUUGCUCCGGGAAUGCAUGAAUCAGAGUUGGAUAUCAACAAACAGCUGGCGGAUAAGGAACGAGUGGCCGCGGCUAUUGAGAACGAUAGUGUAGUUCGAACCCUUAAUCAAUGCAUUGCUCCUUAA